AUGCAGCCACAAAUGUGGGAUCAGCCGCAUUGGGAUCAGCCUCUGAUGCCUCAACAGGCUCCACCCAUGGUCUACUUCUUCAAUCCGAUGCCGCAGCCACAACAGCAGUUCCAGCAGCAGCCACCACCUCCACCAGUUUUCCAGCCCAUCGCAAACCAAAAUCAGUUCCCACUCCCGGUUCAAAACCAGCUUCAGGCUGCUAUUUUGCCUCAGCCGUUUCCGAUCGACAAUAACAACAAUGUGAACGCAUUCAAUGAGAACGCAAUGAAGCCGUGGUACAUGAGUGGAGACGAUCAGAGAUGGCAACAGACAUGGGAAAACAACAACAAGGUCGAUGCGCCUUUCAACCCUCAUCCGACAGCGGCGUCAUCUCCUGUAGUAGAGAAUACGGCAGUCGUUGGACAAGGAGUAGUCCCGCAGCCUGCUCCUGAACAGCCAGCAGGGCACGACAGCGACGGCAUUGAUGGCUUCCCCAGAGAGGAAAAAUUCAACGUGCCGCUUGACAUCGUGUCUGAUGCACUUCCACGCACUGUAGAAGUUGCACCGGAAGCACCUCCUCAUGUUGACGGUGUUCCUGCGGUAAACGCCUGGCAGCAUGCUCAACCAGAAGCCUCCGAGGAACCGAUGCCAGCCGCUGUACCAAUGAUUGCCGACCCGUCAGCCGGACCAACUGGGGAUAAGGAUUUUCUUCCGUUGAGGGCCAACGAGGACAUGACCGCUCAUCCACAGAGUGAUGCUGAGACGGCCGACGUGGUUGUUGCUCAGGACGACUUCCCAAAGAAACACGAAGCUCCGUUCUUCCAAAUCGACGAUCCGUCCACUUUUCGUCAGUGA